AUCGCCACGCGCCAAUAAACUAAGGCUCAUUGAACCGAUAUAUCACCGCAUCGUUUUCAAGGAAGACAAAAUGGCCGAGACUGUUGCUGAUCUUAUUGCGGCCCACGAACCCCAGGAGUUCGAACCGUUCCCGACUAUCGCCGACAUGAACAAGGCAUCCAAGCCUCGCCUUACCAUCGUCGUGGCCUGUGUGGAUCCUCGGUGUAGCAUUGACCAGUUCAUCGGCUUGGACCUCGGAGUGUCGAAUGGUGAAAUGGUUAUGGUCUCGCGUAAUGCCGGUGGCAAUAUUCGCUUCGCGGUACGGGAUAUUCUCCUCCUAGACACGAAGUUCGUAGUCGAUGAACUCAUCGUCGUUCAUCACACCGAUUGUGGCUCGCUGAUGUUUACGAACGAUUGGAUGCGCGACGCCGUCAAAGCGCGAGUAGAUCAGAGUCAUUGGGAUGAAAUUGACCAAAUUAACUGGGGUGCGAAUACGGAGUAA